AAUCAUAUGUGAUAUGAUUUUGUUGUUCUGAAAUUUGAAAAAAAUGAACUAUCUCCAGCUUAUCUUAUUUGUUGCAUGUGGAAUAAUCAACAUUAGUGAGAGAUGCGAUUCUCAGCGCACAGACCCCUCAUACCUACCCAUUCGAUCUGACGUAGAAUUCACCGUGCAGGCCGAAAUUCCUAAUUGGAUAGUCAUCAAUUGGAGAAAUUUCUGGCGACCGGCUACGUACAUAGUGUUGGCUCAAGAUUUUCCAAUCAACUCGUUCGUCAAAACUGAAUCUUGGAUUUUCGGAACUAGGUGGCUCUACGAUACCAAUAAUGGCAGGCAAAAGCAAGCGUCGUUUGUUUUUCAACCGAAGGCAGAUUCUGGUCAACAGAGAACAGUUCAUUACGAUUCCAAGUCGAUGAAUGGCGUGGGCGUAUCGACUAAGUGCUUUGGUUACUAUGCAUAUUUCGUCGAUGGAAAUGGGAAGGUGCUAUCCAGUUAUUGUAUGAAGCUUUACCCAACCUGGAUGAAUGAUUUGAAAGUGCAUUUGGGUAGAUUCAGGAUCCGAGAACUGUUCAUCCCGGGAACGCACGACUCGACAUCGUACAAUACGGGUCUCAUCAAUCCAAUCAGUUUAAUACACAAAUAUGGCAUCACACAGUACGACAACAUCCGGCAACAACUGCUUCGAGGCGUUCGAUACAUAGAUCUCCGAGUUGGCUAUACUCCUUUGAUAAGACCAUUUUUUUGGUCCGCUCAUGGUGCCUUGAAUUGGCGUCAACUAACCGUGGAUCUAGACCAAAUCCGUCAAUUCGCUCUUGAAACCAAGGAAAUCAUAAUUGUCGAUAUGCACAACAUCGAAAAUGGAGCAAAUUUUGCGGAAGUUAACGACAAGCUGGUACAGCUGCUAAACAAUAGCUUGGGAGACGUUAUGGCCAGCCCAAGGAUUGGAUGGAAUGGAAAGUUGCAAGAUAUUUGGAAUUCCGGUCGAACCGUGUUAGUAAGCUACAACAAUGGUGAUGUGGUACAGAAAUAUCCGAAUCUAGUUUGGCCGGAAAUUCAACAGAAAUGGCCAAAUGUUCAGAACAUUGAAAAUUUGUAUAGCUAUCUAACGAGCUUUCGUAAUCAGCAGGCUAGUCCAAAUUCCGUCCAACCGUUUGCUGACAUGGCAGAAUUCACUCCAACUGUAUUGGGUGUUGUCACCGGAAAAGACCCUGGACUUCGAGCUUCGGCUGACUUGGUGAACCCGCACGUCAACCAAUGGUACUUUAAUGAUUUCGGACCGACUGCAAAUAUUGUUGCGGUUGAUUUCUUACGAGGAACCAGCAUUGUGGAUGCAGCAAUCUAUUGGAAUCUUCAGCGAGUUCCGAGGAGUUGA